AUGCUUUUCUUAUCAGAGAGAAAGAGUGAUACAAAAAGGAAGGCCUCGCUUCUUCAGCAGCUUGUUAUUGGAAUUCCAAUAAUCUCGAAGAGAUAUUUGCCUCAUUCAGCUGGCCAAAACAAGUUUAACAAAAAUUCGAAUCAAAGUAAAGCAAGUUCGGUUCUUGGGAGGAUGAACAAGUUUGGGAAAAAUGCUGACAGUUUUGCCCAUGAAGUGCGAGAGCAUGUGAGACUGGGGCCAAAGAUAACUGAUACAGUAAAAGGUAAGUUAAGGUUGGGAGCUAGAAUUCUUCAGGUUGGCGGAGUGGAGAAAAUAUUUUUGCAAUUAUUUAGUGUCAAAGAAGGAGAGAAACUGUUGAAAGCAUCACAGUGCUAUCUAUCAACCACAUCUGGUCCUAUAGCAGGACUCCUCUUCAUAUCCACAGAAAAGGUUGCUUUUUGCAGUGACAGAUCCAUCAAGAUCACAUCAUCUGAAGGGGAAGUGAUUGGAGGAGUCCACUAUAAGGUCUUGAUUCCACUUUUCAAGAUAAGAAGUGUUAACCAAAGUAAGAAUGUGAAGAAGCCUUCACAAAAGUACAUAGAAAUCAUUACCUUGGACAACUUCGAAUUCUGGUUUAUGGGUUUCUUAAAUUACCAGAAGACUUUCAAAUAUCUUCAGCAUGCGCUUUCUCAAUCUUAGAGGAAGAUAAAGAAGAAUUGUAAUUUUUCGCACCCAAUGCUUCAUCAGUUAUUAUUUUGUGGAGCAACAAAGGGUCCAAUGUAUGUUUUACUAUUGUACAAAGUUUUGUUGAUAAGAAAAAGCAACUUUCUCCUUCAA